AUGAGAUUCAGAAUCUACAAAAGGAAGGUGGUGAUACUGACUCUGGUGGUUGUCAUCUGUGGCCUGGCAUUCUGGAGCAGCGGAAGGCAGAAGAAGAGCGAGAGUGGAUCGUUGCCCAAGGACGUGGAGAUUGCUAAGAGGAGCAGCAGUGUGAGCAGUAGCAUCAACAGUCACGUUCAGCUGCCGGCAACACCUGCAGUUAGCAGGUUACCUGUUCCACCCCCAGGCAUUAAACAUGCUAAUGACACGCAGCAGGAGAAGGCAAAGGAGAAAGCCAAAAUGACUAAGCCCGAGGUCGAUAAUACCACUUUGGUCUAUCGUGGCAUUGUCUUCCAGCUCAACUUUGACCAGACAAUAAGAAAUGAUGAGAAGUUUAAGACGGCACGGCAGAAAGACGAUCUAGUCGUGGUGGUCCAGGUCCACAAUCGACCAGACUACCUCAAGCUGCUAGUGGACAGCUUGCGAAAGGCUAAAGGUGUGGAAAACUUACUGCUGAUAUUCAGCCACGAUUAUUGGUCCCCAGAGAUAAAUAAAGUGGUGGCCUCAAUUGAUUUCUGUCAGGUCCUUCAGAUCUUCUUCCCCUUCAGCAUCCAGUUGUAUCCCCAAGAAUUCCCAGGACACGACCCCAGGGACUGCCCUAGAGACAUUCCAAAAAAAGACGCCUUAAAGCUGGGCUGCAUCAACGCAGAGUACCCCGACUCAUUCGGCCACUACCGCGAGGCCAAGUUCUCUCAGACCAAGCACCACUGGUGGUGGAAGCUGCACUUUGUAUGGGACCGAGUCCGAGCUCUCAAAGAUCACAAAGGUCUGGUUCUGCUCAUAGAGGAGGACCACUACCUGUCCCCGGACUUUAUCCACCUCUUGAAGCUGAUGACGGCUCUCAGACGGGAGCAGUGCCCCGACUGCGACAUCCUCUCACUGGGGAGCUACAGCCACAUCAGUUACUCCAGCAAAGCAAAUAAGGUGGAGGUGAAAGCCUGGAAGUCCACGGAGCACAACAUGGGGAUGGCUCUGAGUAGGGAGACCUACCAAAAACUCCUCCAAUGCACUGACACGUUCUGCACUUACGACGACUACAACUGGGACUGGUCCUUACAGCAUCUGACCGUCUCCUGCCUGCCCUCUUUCUGGAAGGUCAUGGUGAGCGAGGCGCCCAGGAUUUUCCACGCCGGAGACUGCGGCAUGCACCACAAGAAGUCCGCAUGCAUGCCCGUCGGUCAGAAGACCAAGAUCGAGAACAUCCUGCAGAGCAGCGGAAACCAGCUGUUCCCGAAAAACCUCCUGAUCACAAAGAGACUGCCAGCCAACGGGGCCGGAGGCGUGGCCCCGCACGUCAAAAACGGGGGGUGGGGAGAUAUCAGGGACCACGAACUCUGCAAGAGUUAUGUUCGAUUACAGUGA